AUGGAUUUCAAACCUCGGUCCCUCCAACCGCAUCCUGCGGAUUUUGCCAAAGAAAUGGUUGACAGAAAGAGCGGGUUCACUAUCAAUACCAGGGAGUGCGACCCACUCAAUGCAGAAAUCAUAGGUGAAAACACAUACACUGCUCUCUUCCCUGACGAAUCCAAAAUCCUGUUCCAGAUGAUUCAUCUCAGUCCUGUCUCAUUGAUUACGUGGAACUUUUUCCGCCAAAGGGUUCAUGGCCAAAUUAUGCCAUGGUUGAACGGACAGUCCAUUUACUUCCCGGAAAUCGACAAGUAUAAGCCUGCAUCUUUUAUUCCAAUUCAGAAUAACAUGAAAGAUAGCAGUCCUUUCGAUGGCGUAGAUGUUACCUUCAAGAGAAGCAGAACUGGCUUUACCAAACUUCGCGUUUGGGGCCUCACCGAGCUUCCAAUUGUCAUUGGUGGCAUCCCGCUCCGAAUUACCUGCCUCAUAGUCGAUUCACUCCCAUUGUACCGUACUACCAGUGUCUGCCCAAUCCCGGACAUGCUCCUUCUGGCAACUAUUUUCAAUGGUUUAACUACUCCUCUUGAAUACUGCUGGGGAAUCAGGGCUAUGAGAUACAGAACUGGGAAUGUUUCAAUCAGCACCCGAAUCUUGCCGGAAACUGGUAACAUCGCCAUGGAAGUUUACGCCGAUGUUGCCAAUCCGAAAUCUCAAAAAAGAGGUGCCGUCUACGAUUUUGGUUACAGUGCCUGGUUUGGGGAAGACUGUGUUUUCAACAAGUACGGCACGAUGGAAUUCAGCAAACCGCAAGCCGACUGUGGCCUUGAAAUACGCGGAGCAUUGCAGGCUCUGUAUGCUAUUAGAGACGUCAGUACUUACUCUUACAGUUCCUUCGACUAUACUGACGUUGUCUUCUAUUGCUCCUCCCGCCACAUCGUCAGCUGGGCAAACCAGUGGUCAGCACAUGGUAACAACUCUCUUUGGGUGAAGAAACUCCGAAUGGAACAACGAUUGAAAGACCUUUGGACCGAAGUGCUGCAUACGAUUAAGGCAGCGAACAAGACGUUCCAUUGGUACUACAUUGAGCCUAGGCACAAUGAGGAGGCCAUGGUCCUUUCUCAUGCUGCUUUGAUGCGUCUUCCUCGUCCAACUCAACUGCUUAUCAACGAACCUCAUAACCUCCUCAAACUGCGAGCUCUGAUGAAGGCGAAACAACGUCCAUCUAACCAUUUUGAGGGCCUGUCGUUGGAAGGUGGGAUGUGCCGAAGGAAGCACCCUAAAGGGUUCAAAAUCGAUCUUUGCUGCGUCUGCACAAAGCAAAACAAGCCGUGGGAACAACAUUUUCACUACUGA